UUCACCUGACAACAAUGGAAUUUUGUCGGCGGAUAUGGUACACGCUCACAGUGCUCUACCUUUUUAAUCUGGUUGAUUUUGUAUGGUCCAGGAGAUGCUCAGACCAGCCAGAAUGCAAGGAAGGCGUCUUUACAGAGCAGUGCCAGUGCGUCCCCUGCUCACCAGACAAAUACAGGACUGUGAGGAGCAAUCAUGCCCGAUGCGAGUUCUGCACACAGGCAUGCGACGCUGAGCGCCACCUGGUGCAGAUACGGGACUGUACCGCCCACAUUAAUCGAGAAUGCCACUGUGACAGGGGCUAUUUCUGCCAGAGCACUGCGCAGUACACCUGCCGAAGGUGUCUUCCUUGCCCGGACGGGACCUUCCUGAGCACCACCUCACGCCGGGAAUCCUGUCACCGGCACACCGACUGUGGACGUCAGGGAAUGGCUUUGAUCUCGACGGGCAACAGCACUCAUGACCACGUUUGCGCCCGUUUGACCACAAACCCCACCCCCAAGGAAACAACCGUCCCACCUUCCACCGUGUCUACGAAGACUACGAAGAUCGCCCAGACUGUUACACACGACCACUCUCUUCUAGGAGAGGAAGACCUCUCCACUGGCCCCAAGGCCUCUCCACUGGGACAGCCUGUAAGCCACAAUUUCCUGACCGGGGCAAUAAUAUUGAUGUUUAUUAUCCUUGUCUUGCUGCUGGGCUUUUUCCAAUGUUACAAAACGUCGGCAUUUCGAAAGAAAUGUCUGCCUGUUGUGAAAAAUGCCAAGCAGGAGCAGUGGGGUCCGUGGAAGGACCCGGCUUCUCUGAAGCACCUUGGGUCUGAAGGGAAUCCUAGUCCGAGUGUCCUCCACCCCCUCAUCAGCAAGAAAGGAGAGGGUCUCGAUGGGCUGAAGACAGGCCCCGGGGGGCUCCAGCAGGUCACCGUCGACCAGUCCCGGGGAAGAGAGAAUGUCAACAACACUGUGGGAUCGAUAUUCAUCUACUCCCCGAGGACAGUGAUCCUGGGAAACGGCGCAUCGGAGCAACAGGGCGAGGCAGGGGAGCAGCCGCCGCCACAGGAGGAGGCCGAAACCCCAGAAGAAGAGGGACCGGCCUUCACCAACGCCCCCCAGCAGGAGUCCCUGGGGGAGAACAGACGCCCCGUCUUCCAGGACCGGGGCCUCCAGGGGUGUGUGCAAGAGGCCGAGAAGCUGCGCUACCCCAUCCCAGCCACCGGGAAAUAGGAGACAAGGUGGGAGGAUACAGGAGAGCGCGGGCGCCAAACAGAGCUAAAAUGGAGAACAGAGGAGAAAUGGGAAGAGGACAGAAAAAAAAAAAAAAAAUUCACUGUGAAGGAGGACCAGUGUAUGCACCCCGUGAGCAGAAAAAUACUGGGAGUACACGGUAAAAUGCCCAGCCUUAAAUCAUUCUCUUAAUGACAUGAGUGAAAUAGGGACCGUAUAUAUUCUGUAGGGGUUGAUUUCACAAUCUUACCGUGCUCGGGAGCGAAGAAUUGGGAAGCUUCGCUGGCGAGAACAAGCUUCAUGGACACAGGGGAGGAAGUUAUCUUUAUAUAGACUGCUGUAGAGCCUGGAGGAUAGAAACUGCUUCACUUCCUCCUGACAAAAUAGUUCACCUCCUUUUCACAACAUUGCUGCACAUUUAACAUUGUGUUUUAGGCAUGUGAUAAUGGUACUGUAUCAAAUGUUUGCACUGUACUGUACUCUUUCACACAGGGCUGCACCCCCUGCAGCAAAGGUUCAGGGUUUAAGAUUAAGUAUCUAAUCCUGCAUUUUGGUUUGCAUGACAUAGCAGAGUUGUAAUGCAAUGUUCUGAAUGAAUUUUCAUACAUAUCGUAUACAUUUCGUACAUAUCAUAGCCAAUUUCAAAAGCAUUUUUUUGUUUGUUUGUUUGUUUGUUUGUUUAAAUGGCAUUUUUUGGUUAAUUGAAUUGCACUAGUCGUAUUCAGGAAUCUAUUUAAUGUGUGACAGACCUGAAAGAGGAAGAAGCCACAAGGUUAUUUUUUAAAGAUAUUAUAGUUGCUAACGUGCGUGAUGGACUGUAUAUACACUGUAUUUUACCUCGUCGUCUGUAAAUAAUAAUGUUAGCCAUACUGUACAUUUUCCACGAAUACAUACAGUAUGGCUGAUUUAAUAAAUGCGGUGGCGGCACGAAUGGUGCAGUGGGUAGGCCUCACAGCAAGGAGGUCCUGGGUUCGAAUCCCCGUCGGCCAGGGCCUCUCUAUGCGGAGUUUGCAUGUUCGUGUGGGUUUCCCCCGGGUACUCAGGUUUCCUCCCACACUCCAAAGACAUGCAGGUUAGGCUGAUUGGAGAGUCUAAAUUGCG